AUGUCCUCCAAAUCACCCGAAGCUUCAUCAUGCUAUCUCACAGAAGCGGUGCGCUCUCUGAGGACUGAAUUGGAUGAGCUCGCUAAUACCCUAGCUUCCGAUUCGGACUCCUCCACAGAGACGCUUGUCGGAGAUGCACCAGCAACACAGUAUGCUGACACUUCCACUGAUACCGAAACGAAGCCGAGUACUCCAUCAACAUCAACCAACGACGCCAGCCAAAAGGAAACUCGCGAAGGACACGCAUCCAAUUCCGACGAUACCGAUAUCGUGUAUCAUCCCCAUCUCCGCGACGUGAACAGCAUCCCCGAUCUUAGUUUCACGUUGACGGAACUCAUACAUGCUCCCAACGACAUCAUCAAACAGCACUACGGCGAUCGCAUCCACUUUUCCAGAUGGUACGCUGGUCAACCCUAUACAAUGGCCUGGUGCAUUAAAGCGGAUGACACACUCGAUCCUAUCGCUAUUGUCAUUCGAUGGCCCAAAGACUCAAGUCUUGAUAUUGUGAAAAAGGACCACGUCGGCGACAGCAUUGCCCAAGUGUCAAGACACCAUGAACGGACUAACGUCCUGAUGACAGCAGCCGACAACAUCCGUCUGAAAUUCGGAUGUGAUCAGAUUGGCUUCUACGACGGUCUUCAUCUUGUUUUGUUCGUAUUCAGCGAGGAUCCCCGGCCAGGUGUUGAUCUAUUUGUGGGAUGGUCGGAUGAAAUUCGCUCCAAGCUCAUCAUGUGGCUAGGAGAGGCUAUCAGGAACACGAACGUGCAGAUGUUGAGACCGCUUACGGGAUACGCGCUCGAGGACUCGAAUCUAGAAGCCUCGGCUCUGGAGCCUCCGCCGCAACGUUUCUUAAAUGACAAACAUAUCGACAACAGCGAGGAGAGAAACCAGGUACUCGAGCUCGGCGCCCAGUACGGUGGAUGUGCAUUCAAGAUUUACACAACCCUAAACGGCAAGGUCGUUAAAUCGGAAGACUUCAUACUCCCCACAGUCGACGAUUGCGCCAUCGCCACACCAGACGGUGUACUCAAAUCCUGCCAACGCACUUUACUCGAUUUUCUAGUCACGGCUGGUAAGAACCACGCUCCGACCCUCAAACACAGCUACGAAAUUGUUCCUGACGCCCUCACCUGGUUCGUGCGUAUCCCAGGCGAACGCAACGCGAAGGAUCUCGUUGGUAUAGUUCAGUUUGCUCCUGCCGGCACUAUCGUACCCGGCGAUUGGGGUCUCAGGAAGCUAGACCUUACAUUCACGAAUGGCGAAGGUGUCGUGCGCACGGCGAAGCCUCUCCUGGAAGGCAUGUUAUCAUUUGGACAGAAGCGGAAGUGCUAUUGCCUGGCGUUGUUCGAUUAUCACAAUGCCGUCUUCGUGACGCGCUGCAAGGGGACGAAGGUGAAUGCAAGCAUAGCGUUGAUUGGUGGCGACAGAAUUCGCAGCGCGUUUCUGCAAUGGCUGAUACGAGCAUUGGAGAUUGCAGACGAGGAUUUCGACGCAGUUCAAUAA